AUGAGGAGUGACAGGGGAGAGGGACCUUCGAGGUUGGGUCCUACCAUCGCCAACGCACAGAGGCAACGCCCUCAGCGCCAGAGUCUUGACAAGGGCAAAGGAAAGGCGCAGGGAGGAGGAAGGCGGCCUUGGCCCAAGGACAAGCCCUUCACUCUCGAAGCACUCGCAGCCUUUGCGGAAAGCACGGACGAGGAGGGCGUAGGCGCACCCGCUAGCAAACCAGCGGCGACUGGCCCCCAAGCACCGACUGGGCCCUACGUUCUGUCUAUGGACAACAUUCCGACUUUCAAUACAGACAGCGAAGAUGACCCUUUCGCCGAAGAGGCCAAGGAAGUCGCUGCGAAAAUGGCGAACCCUGUCAAUGCCCAUCGUCUUGGACCUCUUCCAGACUUUGAUACAGACAGCGAAGAUGACCCCUUCGCCGAAGAGGCCAAGAAAGUCGCUGCGAGAAUGGCAGCGAAUCCCGUUAAAAAGAAAGGUCGCGGUAAAGGAAAAGCUCAACCUGUCGCACGCAAACGCGCCGCUAAAUCCAAAGUCUUGAAACGAAAGGCGAACGUUGAAGAAUCAGACGAGGAUGAAGGAAGUAAGGAGGACGGAGAGGGCGCCGAUGACCGAGAUAAGCCACAGAGAAAGCGUACUAGAAUCUAG